AUGGCGUCCGUACCGCAGGCUCCCGUCAUGGGAAACUUUGGCCUCCCGCCGAUCAAGAACGAGCCCAUGCGCAACUAUGAGCCCAAGUCCGACGACCGCGCCAAGCUGCAGAAGGCCGUCGACGAGAUGCUUGCCGCGGGCCCCGUCGAGGUCCCCGUCAUCAUCAACGGCGAAAAGAUCAAGACGGGCAAGACUGCCAAGCAGCUCAACCCCUCGAACCACGCCCAGGCGGUCUGCACCUACCACGAGGCCGACGCCGCGCUGGUCCAGAAGGCCAUCGAGGGAUCCCUCAAGGCCAAGGCGGCCUGGGAGAACAUGCCCUGGAACGACCGCGCCGCCAUCUUCCUCAAGGCGGCCGACCUGCUGGCCCACAAGUACCGCUACAAGGUCAUGGCCGCCACCAUGAUCGGCCAGGGCAAGAACGUCUGGCAGGCCGAGAUCGACGCCGCCGCCGAGGCGUGCGACUUUUUCCGCUUUGGCGUCAAGUACGUCCACGACCUCUACUCGACCCAGCCCCCGGAGAACUCGCCCAACACGUGGAACCGCACCGAGUACCGCCCCCUCGAGGGCUUCGUCCUCGCCGUGUCGCCCUUCAACUUUACCGCCAUUGGCGGCAACCUGUUUGCCGCGCCCGCCCUCGUCGGCAACGUCGUCGUCUGGAAGCCCUCGCCCAUGGCCAUCUACUCCAACUACCUCCUCCUCGAGAUCUUCAAGGAGGCCGGCCUGCCCGACGGCGUGCUCCAGUUUGUCCCCGGCCCCGCCGAGGAGAUUGUCGGCGCCGCCAUCAACCACCGCGAGUUUGCCUGCCUCCACUUUACCGGCUCCACUUUCGUCUUCCGCAACCUCUGGAAGCAGAUUGGCAACAACCUCGACAAGUACCGCGGCUACCCGAGGAUCGUCGGCGAGACGGGCGGCAAGAACUUCCACCUGGUCCACAAGUCGGCCAACGUCGACGCCGCCGUCACCCAGUCGAUCCGCGCCGCGUUCGAGUACCAGGGCCAGAAGUGCAGCGCCCUCUCGCGCCUCUACGUGCCCCAGUCGAUGUGGCAGGGCGAGUUCAAAGAGAAGCUGCUCAAGCAGAUUUCCGAAAUCACCCUCGGCCCCGUCGAGGAGUUCCAGCACUUUAUGGGCCCCGUCAUUGCCAAGCACUCGUUUGACAAGAUCAUGGGCCUCAUCGACGCCGCCAAGAAGGAGGGCGGCCAGGUCCUCUGCGGCGGCACCGGCGAUGACUCCAAGGGCUACUACGUCCAGCCCACCAUCAUCGAGACAAAGGACCCCAAGUCGGUCACCAUGGUCAACGAGAUCUUUGGCCCCGUCAUCACCGUCUACGCCUACCCGGACAACGAGUUCGAGCAGACCUGCCAGCUCAUCGACACCACCACCGAGUACGCCCUCACCGGCGCCAUCUUCUCGCUCGACCGCCACGCCCUCCUCCAGGCCAGCAACCUCCUCCGCAACGCCUCGGGCAUGAUGUACUUCAACGACAAGUGCACCGGCGCCGUCGUCGGUCAGCAGCCCUUUGGCGGCGCUCGCGCUUCGGGCACCAACGACAAGGCAGGCUCCAUGGCCAUCUUCUACCGCUUCGUCUCGGCCAGGACGAUCAAGGAGACCACCAUCGACCCCGCUCACCACCUCUACCCGUCCAACCUCCAGUAG